AUGGGUAGACAAAACUAUGUAAAGGAGUGUGACGUGAGUGAGGAGGUUUGGGAGCCACGUGGCCACCACCGCCUUAGUAACAAUGCUUCUGUGGUCACCGAGAGUGUACAUGCUCACAACUCCGUGGCUUGGGUGUGCGUUGAUAGCAGGGCUGAGGUGCUGCUAGUGGCUGUUAUGAUCUCCCUAAGCUUACUGCAUCUCCGCUUCUCAGUGAGCGGUGGCGCAGACGUAGGCGAAGCUGUCACGAACAUUGGUGAGAGCUACGUGUUGGCAAAAUUUUGUGGUGUUCAGUUACCCAUGACUGUCGCUAUCUGGUGUCCCAUGACUGUCUGGUGCAAAGUCUGGCUUCUGGGGUCAGUCAGGCGGUGGAGCACGUCCCGCGCCACUAGUCUUCACCAGCGUCCCUACAUCUACGUUCUACCCACAGGCUGUCACCGGCGUCCCUACAUCUACGUUCUACCCACAGGCUGUCACCGGCGUCCCUACAUCUACGUUCUACCCACAGGCUGUCACCGGCGUCCCUACAUCUACGUUCUACCCACAGGCUGUCACCGGCGUCCCUACAUCUACGUUCUACCCACAGGCUGUCACCGGCGUCCCUACAUCUACGUUCUACCCACAAGGCUGUCACCGGCGUCCCUACAUCUACGUUCUACCCACAGGCUGUCACCGGCGUCCCUACAUCUACGCUCUACCUACUUGGAGGCACAUCUGUUUACCCAAGUGAACUCGUCAGCCACAGUGGCGCUCGAGUCCGACCUGUACCCGCCCAAGUGUGAGAAGCCCCAGCAUUCUGUUGGUGCUCAUCAUCGGUGUCCAUGUGGUAGCGGUCCAUCGCUUGCAGGUCUCUCUUCAGAAGAGGACGCAGACCGCGGAGGCGUGCGGUCCAGCACAGGUCCAGCCACUACUGAAGGAAGAACCAAACCAGCGUGCGCUAACAACCCCAGCCUGCAACAGGAAACUGCUUCUUGUACUGGAACACGCCGGUGUGUGACAACUGGCGGAGCCAUCCAGGGAGGGAGGACAGCCCCCAGCCUGCAGGAGGAAUCUGGCUCUUCUUGCACUGGAAGACGCCAGGUGACUGACAACACACGGAGCCAUCCAGGGAGGGAGGACAGCCCCCAGCCUGCAGGAGGAAUCUGGCUCUUCUUGCACUGGAAGACGCCAGGUGACUGACAACACACGGAGCCAUCCAGGGAGGGAGGACAGCCCCCAGCCUGCAGGAGGAAUCUGGCUCUUCUUGCACUGGAAGACGCCAGGUGACUGACAACACAUGGAGCCAUCCAGGGAGGGAGGACAGCCCCCAGCCUGCAGGAGGAAUCUGGCUCUUCUUGCACUGGAAGACGCCAGGUGACUGACAACACAUGGAGCCAUCCAGGGAGGGAGGACAGCCCCCAGCCUGCAGGAGGAAUCUGGCUCUUCUUGCACUGGAAGACGCCAGGUGACUGACAACACACGGAGCCAUCCAGGGAGGGAGGACAGCCCCCAGCCUGCAGGAGGAAUCUGGCUCUUCUUGCACUGGAACGCGCCAGGUGACUGACAACAGGCGGACCCAUCCAGGGAGGGAGGACAGCCCCCAGCCUGCAGGAGGAAUCUGGCUCUUCUUGCACUGGAACGCGCCAGGUGUCUGACCAACACACGGAGCCAUCCAGGGAGAGAGGACAGACUGCCUUGCUUCAUUUAACCUAAACAAUACAUGUUGCCAGUCA